AUGAGGGGAGAAGACGUAGAGGCGAGGUUAGAACGAGUAGGUCAGAAGUGGAGCACGAGAGGUGGUGUGAGGAGGAGACGGGUGCUAGAGGCAUCAUCAGGCGUAGCGUGUGGGGAGGGCGGAGAGAAAGGCACAGUGGGGAGUGCGAGGGGCGAGAGGAGGGUGAUAGAGGCGUGGAGGCCUGUCAAGGGGCGAUACCUGCUGGCGCUCUGCACCUAUGGCCGCCUCUCCAACCAGGAAGCGUGCAUGCACAUGUAUCUCGCCCUGGCAGCGCUAUUGAACCGCACCCUCAUCAUCCCACGGCACGGCUUCGCCAUAUCAGUGGUGGCGGAGUAUCGCUGGCAGUGGGGCGUCAUUGUGAACGUGCCCCACAUGCGCUCCUGCCUCCUGCCACACUACCCCUCACCCCCUGCUGCUGCCACUGCUUCUGCUGCUGGGGCUGCUGCGGCUGCUUCUGGUAAUACAUCUGGCAGUGGAAAAGGGAGUGACAGCAGCGGCGCCAGCAGCAGCAGCAGCAGCAGCAGCAGCAGCAGCAGCAGCAGCAGCAGCAGCAGAAGUGAUAGUAGUGAAUGGAGGUGGGAUGCGGCUAGUGGGGAGGUGCCGAGUGUGAUCAGUCAGGACGAGUACGAGGCACUGGAGGGGCGAAACCUCACUGUGGACCGGAUCGCGUGUGUUGUGCCGCACACGUGCCUGAGCCACCCACAGAUGGACGAGUACGAGGCACUGGAGGGGCGCAACCUCACUGUGGACCGGAUCGCGUGUGUUGUGCCGCACACGUGCCUGAGCCACCCACAGAUGGACGAGUACGAGGCACUGGAGGGGCGCAACCUCACUGUGGACCGCAUCGCGUGUGUUGUGCCGCACACCUGCCUGAGCCACCCCCAGAUGGUGUUCAAGGCCCUACCAGACAUCGCCUUCGCCUCGCACCUGGAGUACCCCCUACUGCACUCCCACCACCUCAACAAGCUAUUGCACGUGUUCAAGGCCCUACCAGACAUCGCCUUUGCCUCGCACCUCGAAUACCCCCCUCUGCGCUCCCACCAUCUCGACGAGCUACUGCACGUGCUUGCAAGCACAUCUGCCACUUCCGACUCAUUCCUUCCUCUGCACCUUCCUCUCCCCCCCAACCAGGUGUUCAAGGCCCUACCAGACAUCGCCUUCGCCUCGCACCUGGAGUACCCCCCUCUGCACUCCCACCACCUCGACGAGCUCCUGCACGUGCUCUCCAGCACCGAUGCCACCACAGGCGAGGUGGCUUCUCAGUCGACGCAAGAGGGACAGCAGCAGGGCAUGCAAGAGCCAGCAGCCACGUCCGCCCUGGGCUCUUCUGCUUCACACACCACUGCUACUAUUCUCCAACCACCCGGCAUGGCCGGCAACCACAGCAGCAACGUCACACUCUCACCUUCCUCCUCCUCCUCCUCCUCCUCUCCCUCCCCUCCCUCCUCCUCGCCUUCUUCGCCCUCCACCGCUCUCCCCUACGCCGCCACGCCAGUGCUCUCUCUGGGCGAUCUCAACGGGCUCACCCUCUCCGGUCUGCCCUUUGACAUGUUCUCCCCGCACCCGCCCUUCCGCCUCUCCUGCAUCGACCUCUGGCUCCCACCGCCUCCCAUAGAGGGGUUCGUCACUGGAUUCAUAGACACCUUUCUGGGAGGGGACUAUGCGGCACUGCCACCGCCUCCGGUCGAGGGGUUCGUCACUGGAUUCAUAGACACCUUCCUGGGAGGGGACUAUGCGGCAGUUCACCUGAGAAGGUCCGAUUUCUCCCGGGUGUACCACCACGUGCACCAGGCCAAGAGCCAUCCCGCCUUCCUGCCCAUCGUGGCAGUGGGUUGUAAGAGCAGACACUCACCCUCCCUGUUUUCCAAUUUCCCUUGCCCCUGCAGGUCCGAUUUCUCCCGGGUGUACCACCAUGCGCACCAGACCAAGAGCCAUCCCGCCUUCCUGCCCAUCGUGGCCGUGGGGCGCUUCAUCAUGAGGCGCCUGGCCAAUCGCAGCGUGACAGCUGUCUACCUCGCCACGGACGCCAGCCAGUACGAGGUGCAGCUGCUGGAGAGGCUUCUCAUGGGCAUGGCCCCCGGCAGUCCGCUCAUUGUGGUGCGCCUUCCGGACUUCGGGGCCAACUCCGAUGAGUACCAGCGCUUCCCCUGGGUCAAGACAUUUCAUGAGGCCGAGAGGGACAUGGAGGGUGGGACAAACACCAAUGGCAUUGCUAGAGCACUUGCAGAGAAGCACAUAUGCGCAAGGGCGAAGCAUUUCAUCGGGACUCCUUACUCAUCCUAUUCCAAAGACAUAUUUCGGAUGCGCAAGGUUCAAGGUCUGGCAUCUUGUGCUGAUGCUUACAUUGAAGCGAUUUAG